AUCCUAGUCGCUCAAUUUUCGUUCUUUCAUUUGCCACACGUGUUUACAAAAUUUUGCUGUGCGUAUUUUUUAUAUUCUUCAGGAAAUAUCUGUAUUAAAUACAUUAAAAUGUCGGACAAAUACGCAGUGCCCAAUAAGUUACCAGGCAAAACUGUGUCGGUGCUGGCGCAUCGUAAACGCCGCAUUCUUCAAGAUAAAGCAACACUAGAACAGAAGAAAGCUUUGAAAACUAAGAGGGUUGCAGGAGCAAAGAGACAUCACAAAUUCCGACGUCCAGAAUCAUUUGUUAUGAAUUAUCUUAAAGCAGAGCGUACAGCAAAACGUAUCAAGCAAACUAUACGCCGCAACAACAUAGUUGACUUCAAAGAACCAGAGAAGACCAAUGAAAAACUGCUUUUGGUUAUGAGGCAUGCAGGCAAAAAGGUUUUCGACGAAACAACAAAUAAAAUUUUAAAUACAUUGCACCUGUCAACUCGUCACAAUGCUGUAUUUCUGCGUAACGAUAAGGAAACUCAAGUACUACUUAAAGUCAUAGAACCUUUUGUAGUCUACGGAUAUCCAACACUAAGCACAAUACGUGAAUUGCUAUUUAAGAGAGGUUUUGCGCGUGUCAAUUCAAGGAAAACGCCCAUACAAUCUAACGCUAUGGUAGAAGAACAUCUUGGAGAGAAAGGAAUAAUUUGUUUGGAAGAUAUAAUUCAUGAAAUUUACACAGUAGGACCAAACUUCGAUGCAGUGAAAUUGUUCCUCUGCAGCUUUAUGCUUUCCAGUCCGCGAGAUGGAUGGAAGAACAAAGUUUCCGUGCCUUACAAAAGAGGAGGCGAGUAUGGCGAUCGAGGUGAUGCGAUAAAUGAUCUAAUAAUGCGUUGUCUGUAAAUGUGUUAUUAUAGUUAAGUAUUUGCAUAAUUUUUUUUUUUAUUUUACUUUUGAAAAAUAAAAUUGUAGCAUAAGUUGAGUGAAUAUCAAUAAAUGAUGUAUUUAUUAAUCUUAA